AAAAAGUCACUGGGGUCAGAAUUAUUAGAGCAGGUAUUUUAUCACCUAGAUUUGGUGGAGAAAGACUAUUUUGGUUUACAAUAUACUGACAUUCAUAAUGUUGCUCAUUGGUUGGAUCCAACCAAGCAGAUUAAAAAACAGGCCAAAAUUGGUCCACACUAUACAUUCCGAUUUCGGGUGAAAUUCUACUCCUCAGAACCAAAUAACCUACAUGAAGAAUUAACCAGAUACCAGUUUUUCUUACAAUUAAAACAAGAUAUAUACACCAAGAGAUUAGAACCGCCUGAAGAUAUUCUCAUAGAAAUGUGUGCUUAUGCCAUCCAAUCUGAAUUAGGAGACUAUGAACCUGAAGAGCAUACAGCUGCCUUAAUAUCAGAAUUCAGAUUUGUUCCUGAUCAAACAGAAGAACUUGAGUUAAAAAUCUUUGAAAAAUAUAAAGAAUGCAAAGGUCAGACCCCAGCGCAGGCAGAAGUGGUAUUCUUAAACAAAGCAAAAUGGUUGGAGAUGUAUGGUGUUGACCUUCAUACAGUUCAAGGUCGUGACGGAAUGGAUUAUACAUUAGGUCUAACACCUACAGGUGUCCUAGUGUUCGAGGGACAACAGAAAAUUGGGCUUUUCUUCUGGCCAAAGAUGACGAAGUUAGAUUUUAAAGGAAAGAAAUUAACAUUGAUUGUUGUUGAGGAUGAUGAAGAGGGUCAUGGACAAGAUCAUACGUUUGUUUUCCGGUUGAUGAGUGAAAAAGCUUGUAAACAUCUGUGGAAGUGUGCGGUAGAACAUCAUGCUUUCUUCCGGUUAAAAGGACCAGUGAAAGGAACUUCUACACGACAGAAUUUCUUCAGAAUGGGAUCUCGCUUUAGAUACAGUGGAAGGACAGAAUACCAGACGGCUACUCUGAAUCGUGUAAGAAGAAGUGUUCGUUUUGAGAGGAAACCCAGUCAGAGAUAUUCUCGUCGUGCUACUUUGGAGAGAAAGGAACUGGCUGAGAAAAAACGACGUGAUCAGGAACGAAAGAAAAUGGCAGAAGAAAGGUAUGUGAUGUUUUUUGAUUUAAAUAAAACUAGUCAAUUUUGUGAAUUUUGUUUAAAGCCUUGA